CUUUCCAACACCACACACAGCUUAAACUCGAGGCGGUCGCGAUUCUCGAAGCAGCUUUUUUCGCCCCCGCUACGCAACAGCAAAUCACAAACCCCCAAAGCCAUCCGCCCCCCGUGAACAAAAUGCGCCGUUCAAUGCUCAACCACUAAAACGACGGCAACACCGUUAGAUUAACGAACACUCCCACCCAGCGGCCACAACCAUCGAAGGAACCAUGGCGCCCUCCGCAACCGACGAAACAGUCAACCGAAGGGAGGCCUGGAAAAACCUCCCCCCACCGACAAUAUAUCCGGUCAAGGAAGCCAAGUUCGACAAGUACCUUCCGCCGCAAUUGGACGGCAGAGAACAGGCGUUGGCGCAGCCAGACGGACAAGCUGCGAUUGUCAUCGACAAUGGCUCCUCCACCGUCCGGGCAGGCUGGUCGUUCGAGACCAAGCCGCGGCUAGCAAUCCCUCCGAUCAUGUCCAAGUACCGAGACCGCAAAGCGGGCAAGACCUUUUCUUUCGCAGGCCAGGACUGCUACGCCGACACCACGGCACGAGGACACAUUCGCAACGCCUUCGAGGCCGGCACCGGCAUCGUCAGUAGUUGGGAUGUCGUGGAACACGUUCUCGACCACGUCUUCCUCAAACUCGGCAUGAACGGGGUGGAGGGGGGCAUCGACAUGCCCAUCGUCAUGACCGAGGCCGUCGCCAACCUCCCAUAUUCGAGGAAGACAAUGAGUGAGAUGCUUUUCGAGUGCUACAACGUCCCUAGCGUCGUCUAUGGAAUCGACUCCCUAUUCUCAUACCGCCACAAUCGAGGCAAAACCGGCCUUGUCGUCUCUUCAUCCUACAGCGCAACGCAUCUAAUUCCCGUCUACAACGCCAAAGCUAUGCUUUCUCAAGCGAUACGGUUGAACUGGGGUGGCUGGCACGCCGCCGAAUACCUUCAGAAGCUUAUCAGGCUCAAGUACUACAGCGGGUUCCCCGGGAAACUCAACUCUUCACAGGCCGAGAAUAUGGUUCGGGACUUUUGCUACGUAUCACUCGACUAUGACCAGGAGGUCGCGCGCUUCAUGGACUGGACAGGGCUCGAGGACAGGGAACGCAUCAUCCAGUACCCAUAUACGGAAGAAGUGAUUGUGCAGAAGACGGAAGAAGAACUCGCCCGGAUCGCCGAGAGGAAAAAGGAGAGCGGCCGGAGACUACAAGAACAGGCCGCCAAGAUGCGCCUGGAGAGGUUGAUGAAGAAGGAGCAGGAGCUCGAAUACUACAAGGACGUCCAACGCCGGAUUGCCGAUCAGAACAAGAAGGAGACAAAACGGUUGCUGGACGAGGCUGAGGUUAAGGACGAGGCGGGGUUGGAGCGCAUGAUCCGAGAACUUGAAAAGUCCAUCAAAAAGGCCCGGACAAAGGACCUCGGCGGCGAGCAAGAGGAAGAGCAAGCAGCACCCGACUUCAGCCUCCUCGAUGUGCCCGACGACCAACUCGACGAGGCCGGCAUAAAACAAAAGCGCCAGCAACGCCUCCUCAAAUCCAACCACGACGCCCGCGCCCGCGCCAAAGCCGAAAAGGAAGCCGAAAAGGCCCGCGUCGCCGAAGAAGCCCGCCUCGACGAAGAGCGGCGCGUCAACGACCUCGAGGGUUGGCUCGAAGAGAAGCGCCAGGCGCGCCUCGCCAAGCUCGCCCAGAUCAAGGACCGCGACCGGCUCAAAGCCGACCUCGGCAACCGCAAGUCCCUCGCUAGCCAGAUCCGCAUGAAGAACAUCGCCAACCUCGCCUCGGACGCCCCCACGGGCGCGUCGGGCAGCCGCAAGCGCCGCCGCGGAGGCGACGACGACGACUUUGGCGCCGACGACGCCGACUGGGGCGUGUACCGCAGCGUGGCCAUGGGCGCCAACAAGGGCGACAGCGACGACGAGGACGGCGAGGGCGGCGAGGAGGACCUGGAAUCCGCCGUGCGCGCCCUCGAGGCCGACCUGCUCCGGUACGACCAGGACUUCGAGUACGACCAGACGCUCGACGCGCAAAAGGACUGGUCCAAAUCCCUCCUCCACGCCUUCCGCCACGGGCCCCGGCCCUUCGACCCGGCCUCCCCCGCCGAGACCCACCGCGUCCACCUCAACGUCGAGCGCAUCCGCGUGCCCGAGGUGCUCUUCCAGCCCACCGCCAUCGCCGGCGUCGACCAGGCCGGCAUCGUCGAGAUCGCCGCCGACAUCCUCACCCAGCGCCUGCCCCCGCUCGGCCUCCUCCCGGGAGGCGGCGCCGACGACUUCCUCCGGGACGUCUUCCUCACCGGCGGCAACGCCCUCUUCGAGGGGUUUGAUGAGCGUCUGCGCCGCGGCCUGACCGCGCUCUUGCCUGCGGGAGCCCCGCUUACCCUGCGCCGUGCCGAUGAUGCGGUGCUGGACGCGUGGCGUGGGGCUGCGGGGUGGGCGGGCACGGAGGAGGCGAGAAGGGCGAGGGUGACUAAGGAGGAGUGGUUGGAGAAGGGGGCGGAUUAUCUCAAGGAGCAUGAUCUGGGGAAUGCCUUUGCUUGAGGAGUUGGAGAAAGAGAGCAUUAGCAGCCUCGACGCGACGGGAUGGGGUAUGAAUGUCGGGUGGGGAUCUAUAGUGUGUGCGUGGUUGGGUUGGUUUUGGUUAAGACGAAACAAACACUACACUGCGUAGGUAGCUCGGAAAUUGGAGUUUUUGGUGCCGAUGGGCGGGGGGUUCAAUGGAGGGAGGGACAUGGUAUGAAUUCGGCGCUAUCGCAAUUCCCGUAGACAAAACAGACAUUGUUGGGCCAAGA